AUGAGCAAUCUCGAGAAGGCCUUGUUUCAGCUGAAGUUCACGGCCAAGACGCUGCAACGGCAGGCGAAGAAGGCGAACAAGGACGAGACGGCGGAGAAGAACAAGCUGAAAGCUGCACUGCAGAAGGGCAACACGGAGGGAGCGCGGAUCUACGCCCAGAAUGCCAUCCGGAAGAAGACCGAAGGGCUCAACCUCCUCCGCCUGGCGUCGCGGAUUGAUGCGGUUGCGAGCCGCGUCGAGACGGCCGUCACUAUGCGUUCGGUGACUGGAAGCAUGGCCAACGUCGUGCGUGGGAUGGACAAGGCGAUGGAGAGCAUGAACCUUGAGCGGAUAUCUAUGGUUAUGGAGAAGUUUGAGUCACAGUUCAACGACCUCGACGUCCAGACGUCGUAUAUGGAGUCGACGAUGAGCGACACGACGGCGCUCACUACGCCGCAGGAUCAGGUUGACUCGCUCAUCAACCAGGUUGCCGACGAGGCGGGUCUCGAGAUUCAACACGGGCUUGGCGAGGCCAAGGUGCCCACCGAGCAGAUUGCUACACCUGCGCAGACCGAGGCGCCGAUGGAAGAGGACGGACAUCUCGCCCAGCGCCUGCGUGCCCUUCGCCCGGCCGUGUGA